UUGUCGUCUGCUCUGAGCUACCAGGGGCCUCACCAGGAGUUCCAGGCCCGAUUGGGACCCAUCCCUUUGGAGCAGCUGCUUCAGACUAGGCUAGAAAUCACAGAGCUCUAGUGAUCAAGGGAACCAUGGAGGACGGACCUGGUCAGCAAGAGAGACCUAGCCUUCGUCUGGAAAAGCUACAGCACUGGGCCAGGCACAGGCAGAGUGGGCGCCUCCUGGUGCUGGCGGUGAGCCAGCUGUGGCUGGCAGUGGCUGUGCUGCCCUUUGCUGUCUCGGUAGCCUGCCUGAACUCUGCUUGUCACGUGACCACAGCACUGCCACUUGGGCCUGGCAUACUGGGUCUCCUCACUGGGAUUGUUACCCUUGAGCUGCGCAGAGCACCCCGUCUCUGGAAGGUGUGUGCCAUGAUGAUAUUCAACACCUUUAAUCUGAUCUCGGGCUUCAUCGCAUUGGUGGUCGAGGUGAUGAAGACAGCCUUGAUGUCUGCCCCAACUGUCCCCUCCCAGCUAGCCGGCUUGCUGGUGCUGGAGCUCAGCGCUGAGGCCUUCACCCUAGGGGGAGUGCUGGUCUCAGCAUACUCCCUGUUCCUGCUGAGCCAGAGGAAGCCAAGAUGCUGCAGAAGCCAGAGUCUGCGCUACCAGGAGCUACAGGAGGGCCUCUCAGAGUUGGAGGAAGUUCCUGAGUUGGAGACUGGUCCCACAGUGGCUAGCACAGCAAAGAGAACAAAUGAGUGAGCUGGCAAGUGGAAGCAGACAUGUGCUGCUCUUCUACCCGACGGGAAUUCUCCAGACUUUCCUGCACUGCAUCCCCCUGAACUCAAAUUAGAUGGAGUCCCCUGAGACAUACAUGAAGCCCAGUGGAGCGCCUUCAAUUUUCACUGUGACUAGGCCCCUUGCUUUACCCUUCCCUGCUGGGGAAAGCAAUACCUAUACUGAGUCUUUCAUCACCUCACAGCCCUGAGAAUCUGACUGCCUGCAAGAUAAGAUCUUUAACUUUCAGCUAGAUCCAUUUCCUCCCUUCCAUUCUUACCCACUGCCUCCCCAGCUUCACAUCUGCCUCAUCUCACUGUUUCCAAGAUUUCCACCUUUCACAAUCCCAUUCACUCCAAACCCGGGUUCCCGUACACGCCCACUCUGAGAUCAAUUCACUACUGGUGCUUUUGGUCUCUCGCUUCGAUCUGGUGCCUUUCUACUCUAGCGGAAACUACAAAUCCCAGGAUGCCUCGCCGCCCCGUGGCCUGCUGGGAAAUAAAGAGCCUUCCCUUCUGUGGUGGGGGCGCUGUGCAUCUGCUGAA